GGGGUUCCCGCGGUCGAAGUUAGUGUGAGAGGGCGAGGCCGGAGACGCCGUGAGGAGGCUGAAUAUGGCUGAUUUUUUGAAAGGACUACCUGUCUACAAUGAGAGUAACUUCAGCAGAUUUCAUGCAGACUCCGUGUGUAAAGCAUCGAAUAGACGGCCUUCAGUAUAUCUUCCCACAAGAGAAUAUCCCUCUGACCAAAUCAUAGUAACAGAGAAAACAAAUAUACUUCUGCGUUAUCUACACCAACAAUGGGACAAAAAGAAUGCUGCAAAGAAAAGAGAUCAAGACCAAUUAGAAAUAGGCGAGACUUCCGCUCCCCCACGAAAGAUUGCCAGGACAGACAGCCAAGAAAUGAAUGAGGACACAUAGACGCCUUUUGCAAUUCUUCCUUUAUCACCUCUUGUCCCACUCCACCGUGUCCCUCCCUCUGUACACAGGAUCAUACUGUAAUGUGUGGGGAGCAACACAGCCUUUCCUUGCCUUCCCACUCUCUUAUGAUCCAUAGGAGCCAAAAUUGUAUUUAUUUCUUCCAGAUUUUAUUUAUGCUGCGCUGCAAACCAUUCAAAGAGAGGAUAGUGUUAAAACGUGAAUAAACACUUUAUUUUUUUUGGUCUCCCCCAAGUUGCUGUUAAGUUUGGUGUGUGCAGGUUUAUUUGCCCCACUGGUUAGAGAAGACAACUCUGUUACAUCUGACAAAUCUCUUGCAGUCAAUGAAAACAUGUAUAUACUUUUUUUGGGGGGGGGGGGGGGUAUAAAAAAGCUUAUAUUUUCCCCCAAUGUCACACGUACUGGCGGGUGAUUGCUGUGUUCUACUGUUAGUAGACCUGACGGCCAUAUUACUGGGAAUAGAGUGGCUUUUAUAGUAUAUCAUGCCUUCCGCACAUGAAGAUUUACCUCUGUGCCAUAAAUAGGCUGCCUCCAUUUUAGCCCAAAUGUGGCACCAUCACCACAUACUAUAAUCAAUAAGUUAGGCUGGUAAUAAGUGUAUUAAACAUCACAAGACAGAGAACCUGUCUUGUCACCUAAACAAUCAUAGUCUGUAAGCAACAAACGACUGUUCCACAUGUUGAAAUAACACUGGCUUUUGCACUCAUGACUUCCAGCAACAGAUUAUGAGGUCGGACACUGUAAUAUUUGCUCUGUCACUGGCCAAAAUUAGAUUAUUUUUUUUUUUUUUGUAAAAUUUAAUUUGCCUUUGUUAAUAUUUUUUUUUUGGGGGGGGGGGAGAACAUUGUUUUAAAUGUAUAUUAUUUCAUUAAACAUUUUGAAA